AUGUCUUCUGAGAUAGAUAGGAUACGUUAUGAGAGAUUAAAGUUAGUGUGCAAGAAAGCAUUAGAACAAUCGAUAAAAAAAUCGCUUUCUAUGGACCAGAUUAAAACAUGCUAUCCAACAAUCGCUAGUACGGAAGAAGGGCAGAAAUCAUUAGAAAUAGCAAGAUCACAAAUUAUCAAGUUCUGGCAUAAUAAUUCGACUAAAGAAUUUGAUUUAAUUUUUAAGGAACGUAAUAUAGAAACUAAAUUGGAUGAGCUAGAUGAAAUAAUACAAAAGGCAGAAGAAAGAAAAAUCGAGGGUAAAGAAGCACCAGUUCAAGUUGACAGAGUCUCCCCUUCAGAGUUGAUAGAAGCAUCGCUAGCAGGGACGAAGAAGGAAUCUAUAGAGAGUUUAUCGAUGAUAUAUAAUCAGUUGUGUCUUGAUAAUAUGGAAUUAUACGGACAAUUGAAUUCUUUGUGCGAAGAGAGUGAAACCAUUAGAACGGAUUUGAAGAGUCAGGUGGAUUCUUUAAGUGAAGACCUCAAGAGCCUUAGAAAUGAUGAUUUCAAGGUUAGCGUGGAUGAUCUUAUAGCUACCAUGACAGAAUAA